AUGAGGAGAUUACCCUUGGUCCUUGUGGUCCUUGUCUUGCUCUCCUAUGUUCCACCAGUUAGAAGUGGAAUGAAUUUGUACAUAAGAAGAUUCUUUUCUACAUGCUGGCGAAUGAAAGGUGUUUGCAAGAGAUCGUGUGGAAAAAAUGAAUAUAAUAUUCUUUGUGAUGCUGUAACUCUGUGUUGCAUUAAAAGAAAGGACUUACCCAUACUGGUUGGGAAAUAG